CCGGUUACGCAUAUUAACCUGUCCUAUCUUCCUCUUGUCAACAACACCGACCUCGAGCGCGAUUUUCGGGCAUGCCUUGCAGGAUUUGGUACCGUCCUCCAUUUAGGGUUAUACCACAACCCUCAAAGCGGAUGGUUCGAAGACAAAGGAUAUUCCGUCAUCAAUCAACCGAUCAACGGCACUUAUGCGGCUUUCGCCCACCGCAUGGACUUUGGUCUCAUCGGAUCUACGCGUCCUAGCUUCUAUACCACCUGGAAAGACAUGGGUACAUAUUGCCGCUACUGUUACCUUGACGACCACUCGCUCAAUGAUUGUCCAUCUUGCCCAAUACGCAAAUGCUACAAGUGCCAAUGCAGUAGACACAUUGCUAUCGCUUGCCCCCAUUCUGCGAAU